AAACGGCUUGAUGGACGCGCAGGCAAAGUGGUCAAAGUUAAAGUGGUCUCCGGGCGAUCCUGGAACACUCUCACGCCCACACAUGCGCGGAUCCACUUAAGCACACACACGCGCGCUUGUGAGUCACACGCGCAUGGCGGCGGGUGGUGGUGGUGGAGGUGGGGGGUUGCGCCUGGAGAUCUGAGCGCGCUCGCUAUUCCAGUCAUGGACUGCAGCGAGCGGGGGGACCAUUAGGAGCCGGUGGCAAGAACCCGCUUUGCGUGCAACACACGGAUGCUGAUGCUGCUGCCGCGCCACGCGGUCCAGACCACGCGCGCCGACAGGCGGAAGGAUCGCUUAUGCAAUCAGAACCCUAAAUUGCUUUGGCGGGGAAAACGGCGCUCGUGGAACCUUCCUGUAGGACUUGACAGGGGGAAGCUGUGAGCCACAUGUCCUGUGACUGUCAGGGCAAGCCGUGGGUUCUAGACAGACGUGCGUAACGGUUGAGGCGGGAUGGAUGUGGUUAAUUUGAUCUAAAAAAACGGAAGAGAGGGCUUUUUCUUUUAUUUUCUUUGGAAAGGAUUUCUGCAUCCCUUCCUGCACUUUUUUUUAACCAAAACUACUAGAUUUCUUUAUUUUUUAUUUAUUUUUUACUAAAUCAAGAACAUGUGCGAUAUUUCCUGUAUCUAUUUCUAAACAAAAGUGGAUUUAAGAAGCCUUAUGUCUAAAAUGAUCAUCUUUGGACUUAAUCUCCUUUUUGAUGGAGUGAAACGGCCUAAACGGACUUAAUUCAAAAAGGGCGAGAAAAAAACUGCAGGAUUUCCUCCUCCUCCUCAGUCCAGAGGAAUACCAUCAAGUCCAGGAGGCUAACCACUCGUCUUGUGUUUUUUUUCUCCUUUUUUUUUCUUUUGCUUCUGUGGGAAUGGUGGCCGCGGCGCAGAUUCACGCAACUCUUCCAGAGUGUUUGGCGUUUUUUCGCAGGCAAGCAUCUUGACUUGUGAUCGAGAGAGACGCGGACUGCAGCAGCCUCCAGCCUCCUUUCACAUGGAGAUUUGUGUCUCGCACAUACUGCAAAUCUUGGAAACGUGGACGGGGGGGCCCUGCUGCAUUUCCCUACGCUGUUCUCCUCGAAUUUAUUCAUUUGGGAAACAAACAGAACACAGACACCAGAUGAACUAUGAAUGCCGAACACAAUGAUUUCCUCCCUCCAGCAUCAGACAAUGAGAGGUCAUAGACUGAAGGGGGCAUUGUCGAACCCCCUUUUCGUGCUGCUUUUGGCCCUUCACAUCCUGGUGGUGGCUGGGUUAGUCCGCGCUCAGACUUGCCCUUCAGUCUGUUCAUGCAGCAACCAAUUUAGUAAAGUCAUAUGUACUCGCCGGAGUCUACGGGAUGUCCCAGAUGGCAUUUCUACCAACACCCGCUACCUGAACCUUCAGGAUAAUCUCAUUCAGGUCAUCAAGGUAGACAGUUUCAAGCAUCUACGUCAUCUGGAAAUUCUGCAGCUCAGUAAGAAUCACAUUCGCAGCAUUGAAAUUGGCGCCUUCAAUGGCCUCGCCAGUCUCAACACUUUGGAACUUUUUGACAACCGGCUAACGACAAUCCCUAAUGGAGCAUUUGAGUACUUGUCUAAGCUGAAGGAAUUGUGGCUACGAAACAACCCCAUUGAAAGUAUACCAUCUUAUGCCUUCAAUCGAGUUCCAUCGCUUCGGAGGUUAGAUCUUGGUGAGCUCAAACGUCUGUCCUACAUUUCUGAGUUGGCUUUUAAGGACUUGAGCAACCUGCGCUACCUAAACCUGGGAAUGUGCAACCUUAAGGAAAUACCUAACAUCAUACCUUUAGUUAAGCUGGAAGAGCUGGAAAUGUCCGGAAACCAACUCACUGUAAUAAAGCCCAGUUCGUUCACAGGGCUAGCCAAUCUCCAGAAGCUGUGGAUGAUGCACUCCCAGGUCCAAACCAUUGAGAGGAAUUCCUUUGAUGAUCUUCAAUCACUGGUGGAGCUCAACCUGGCUCACAACAACCUCACCUUUCUACCACAUGACCUCUUCACACCAUUGCACCACCUGGAGAGAGUCCAUCUCCAUCACAACCCUUGGAACUGCAACUGUGAUAUUCUGUGGCUCAGCUGGUGGCUCAAGGAAACUGUACCUGCCAAUACCAGCUGCUGUGCACGCUGCCACACUCCUUCGGUCUUUAAAGGUCGCUACAUCGGGGAGCUGGACCAUAGCUACUUUCAGUGUGAUGUUCCUGUUAUUGUGGAGCCACCCAGCGACUUGAAUGUGACAGAAGGCAUGGGAGCCGAGCUAAAAUGCCGUACAAACUCCAUGACCUCCAUCAGCUGGCUCACACCAAAUGGCUCUAUGGUGACACACGGAGCCUAUAAAGUACGUUUGUCUGUACUCAAUGAUGGGACGCUGAACUUCACCAGCGUCACAAUGCAGGACACUGGGACCUACACCUGCAUGGUUAGCAACACAGCGGGCAACAUUUCUGCUUCUGCUGUGCUUAAUGUCACUUCUGUGGAAAACAACGGGGUGACCUAUUUCACCACAGUCACCGUGGAGACCAUUGAAACUCCUGGGGAGGAUAGCCAAACACCACUUCCCCCAUUUGGAUGGGUGUCAUCCUCCACUACAAAGGGUCCUCCUGUUUCAACAAGGACCACAGAGUGGACUUACAUCAUUCCGGUUACUUCUACGGACGGAGAGGGAGCCCUGAACGGCCUGGAUGAGGUCAUGAAAACGACCAAGAUCAUCAUCGGCUGUUUUGUGGCCAUCACACUGAUGGCCGCAGUUCUGCUGGUUAUUUUCUACAAGAUGAGGAAGCAGCAUAACCAGCAGGACCCGGAUGGUCCCGCCUCCUCCAUGGAGGUCAUUACUGUUGAAGAAGAGCUUGCAGGUGUUGCUGCAAUGGAGAGACACCUAUCGCUGCCCCCUUUGGAGCACUACAACCACUACAAUACAUACAAGAGCACUUAUCACCACGCUCCUAUGCUCAGUACCAUACACAGCUCAGCCACACAGGAACCGUUACUGAUUCAAGCCUGCUCGAAAGACAAUGUGCAAGAGACCCAAAUCUGAUUUCAGCUUGACUGCAUAUCCUGUAUCACCAGUUUAUAACAUGGAAUGAAACGGACCAAAAAAAUGAGGAUGAAUAGAUUUAAAUGCUGUUGACUCAACAUUUUAUGUUAAUAGCGGCACUUAAUCAGCAUUUAACAAAAGGAUGACACAUAAUACUUUGAAAAAGUAUUUUCACCAACACAAAGAUUAUUUAUUCAAGAUAUGUCUAGUUGCUAAAUGAAAAAAAAACUAUUUGUGAUAGCUUUUCUGCUCAUUUCUUUUCUCUAUAUGUGUAAAACUGCACAAGGGAAAGAAUGGUUUACUAAUGGUGAUAAUAAUGGCAUGUGAUGCAGCUUUGGAGCCCACCGGUUUACUUUUUGAGUUUAAUUUUUCUCCAUUGAUUAAUAUGCAUCAUUGAAGUCUUUUUUUUUUAUCCGAUAUGAGUUAAAUUUACAUGACAUCAAACAAAAAGGGGGAUUAUUUCAUCACCAUAUUCAAGCUGUCUGUCAACGUGAGAUUAGAUCUUCUAAUGUCUGAGCUCUGGAUGAUAUCACAGUGAAACCAGCAUGCCUGCAGAGCAAAGCUGCCAAAUGAGUAAAUAUGCAUUUCCCCCGUGGCUCCUAAACAUCCGCCAUACAUCCUUCACUUUAAUUAAGAUUAAGGUCUUGCUCCCACUUCCCCUCCACACACUUCUCUGCACUGUUUACUCUCAAUCUUUUCUCCUUCGAGCCCUGCUUUAUCUUAGAAUUCUUCAUUUUCCCAUUCAACGCUCGAUCUUCCUUCUCUCUUUUUUUUUCCUUCCUUGUUCUUUUGCUUCCUUGAUUGUCUCUCUGUCAUUGAGCACAGGCGUGGUCCUCACCCUUCACCAUAUCUCAUUUGUCAAGCUUUAUCCACGAGCGGGAGCCUCAACUAUUGCUUAGGAAAAUGAAGGGUAGCAUAAGGCUUUGGUUUGUCACCCCCACCCCCCACCCCCCGUUAACCUGGUAAUGAUUUACAUAAACUCUGAGUCACAGUACGUUGCUAUCACUCUGGGGUCACAUGCGCUCAGGCGCUGAAAGUCCAUCUGUUAGUACCGAUAAAAAGGCAAAUGAGGCUGCUUCGUAAUGUACUGUGACCCCGUCAGACAAAAAUGCAGGCAGGGAUAACACAGUCACCGAAGCAGCUAGAAAUGUGACAAAAUAAGAGAAGAUGAUGAUUAAUCUGUAUCAGCAGUCGAAACAAGCUGAUGAAAAAAACUGCAGGAGAUGUUGUGCCUAAUAUGUAACAGGAGGAAAGGCCUUUGAUAUUGAAGAGACCCCUGCUCAGUCUAAUUUUUGGCAGAGGAAAAAAACACACAGACUCUUUGAUGUUGCAUCAUUUAUAAACCACAGAAACCUUGUUUGUCCUGCAGUCUGUUUGCAAGCGGCUUUUCUCCUUUAGUCUGUCAGAGGGGAAGGCUUAGGCAUGUGGAAAAUAAUGAUUUUAUAUAUAUAUAUAUAUAUAUAUAUAUAUAUAUAUAUAUAUAUAUAUAUAUAUAUAUAUUAUAAGGCUAAAUGGUGUUUGAAUUGGCUGGGAUGGAGGGACAAACCUAAAACAGUCAGGUGGGGGCUCCUCAAACAGAGAUAUUACAGAUAUAAGAAGAAAGAAGUGGAAAAAUAGAUAAGAAGAACUAAGGAGAAGAACUAGCCAUCAGGCAGUCGCCAUGGAAACAGUGACCUUGUGCAGAAAGUAAAAAGAGGUAGACAAGCAAUUCACUUUGGUCUCUGUGCAACAAGCAUAUUUUAAUUUCCCACUUGUAAUUUCACAAAUGGGCCUGAUAAUCAGGGGGAAAAAAUGGAAUCUGAUUUUACAGAUGGGAUUUGACUCACACAUGACAUCAUGGUGACAGGCAACAGUGAGUUUGAAUGUUUAAACAUGAAUCUCCUCGUGAUAGGAACAACUGGAAAACACGACAGUCGGUUCAGGCAGCCGUCACUGGCUCCCAUCUACCAACUCAAAGCCUUCUGUGUAUCUUUCUGCUAAAAGAAGCUGGGAGCAAAGAUGGGGAGGCCAAAUGUGUCCCACAGCAAACAUCUUCUGAUGAAAUAUAUUUUGGUUGGCUAGAGCCAGGGUGCUAACAGCCCAAAUGGGCCAGCAAACACAAUACAGGGCUGAAGCACAUAUUUUGAGGGUCUCAAGAUUCCAUUACAAAUGUUUAUUUCUUGCAGUACUAAAAAAAGUUUGUUUUGACGAUUUCUUUAUUUUGUCAAUAAUUAUACUAAUAUUGACUCGUAGCUCCGCCCCUGUUUGAGUUGGUCCGUGUGCAAUGGAGCAGCUGAAAGAGAAACGUACUUAUCACCAGCCCUGCAAAAAGACAUUCUCAAUGACAAUACAAGCAUGUCAAUACUUCAAUUAUUCAGUAAACCAUUCUUUCCCUUUUCACUAUUUUGUUUUUCAAUGCUCAAUUCCUUUUCGGUGCUUUAGGUGGCUUAAUGAUUCAAUGUUGAUGCUGGCUACAGUGGAAAAAAAAAAAGAUUCCGAUUUUUUUAUAGACAUUCGGGGGUUGUGAUUUAUUCAAAAUGAAUAGAGUCAUUGUGCAUUGGUAUGUGCUUUAGCAGGUUGGUUUACAUGGGGCGGAUUUUUGAGCCUAAGGAUGAAAGCGAAUGGCGACUAACGUGCAGAAUGUUGGACUUGACAUACCAGCAGACUGAGCUUGAUUUUUGUGCAAACCCCUUAGCCAAGGUGAUCAAAUUCUUUCGUGAUUUUCUGCCAACUGUCCAUUUGUGGGGAGGGUUACUGUUUGUGGGAACAGUCUCUCAUUUUUUGGAGAGAAUAAUCAUCACAUGAUUACAUUUUUAUAAAACAAGCAAAAAAGUAAAAAAACAUGAUUAAAAAAAAUGAACUUAAAGAUCAUAAUUUUACAUGUGCUUCAAUUGUUAAAAAAACAAAAAGAAACCCAAAAACAAGAAGAAAGAAAAAGACUGUGCUUGUAUGGAGUCAAAUUUUCCUGAGGAUGAUGUUCAUUAUUGAUAAAUGAGAUUGUAGUUCAUACUGUACAUGAAUACAAAUAAAAUUGCAAUUCUCUUUUUUUCA